GUCUGUGUUUGUGUCAGGGAGUUUGUUUCAGACCACAGAAGGGAAACAAAGAGGGUUUGGGUACACACUGGGACUGCUGUGUAUUUGUCCUGAAGCAAAUGGGUAAGGUCAAAAAAUGGACUUUACGCUUCAAGCAAAACAUCACAGGGCUUGUGAAGAGGCCAGGGAUGUCCUCGGGGUCAUGUGAGUACCUAGAGAGACUGCUCAGAAAGCUCUCUCAGCUGCAGCGGCAUUUUCUGCUGUGUAUUAGAAGGUUGUGGCAGAAAAGGCAAACUGUCCUGGUCUCCAUUCUAGAGCUUUCAAUGAUCUUUUAUGUAUGUGCAUUCUAGCAAUGGAGUACUUCAAAUAUGAGGUUUGAAAUUGUAAACUCAUUUGGACCUCAUUUGCUUUGUGUGGUUUUUCUAAUCAGCUAUAGGAAUGGACUUGUAACGACUGCAUCCAGCUGGGACCCUUUAAACUCACUUAGGAGCUGCUGCACCAGGUUUGGUGACUGCUUACAAAACCUCUUGUAACCCCAGCUGUGAAUUCAUGUUUGAUCUGUAUGAGCUGCUUUGACCAUUGCUAUCUAAUAUAAACCGGAGCUGUAUCAGCUGUCCUAUUUAAGAUGUGACCUAUUCUUUAUACAGAGAGUGAAGCAUUUACAUUAUCAGGCAGAGCAGAGCACUGUGUAUCUCUCCAAAGAGCCACAGAAGUGACAACGAAAGCAGAUGGCCAGCAACCCAUGUGCCAGGCAGCCAGGGCCUGUGCUUGGCGUGCCAGCCCGAAUCAGUCCCUGCCACUAAGGCAGGGCGGAGGGAGGAAUCACCCCAUCCUGUGCCAUGGCCUCGCCGCGGUCAGCCCAGCACGCCGGCCCCCCCGAUGGAGGCUGGGGAUGGAUGAUCGUUGCUGGCUGCUUCCUUGUCACUAUCUGUACCAGGGCUGUGACGAGGUGCAUCUCCAUUUUUUUUGUGGAGUUCCAGACAUACUUUGGGCAAGACUAUGCCAGAACAGCUUGGAUCCACUCCAUUGUAGACUGUGCUACGAUGCUCUGUGCCCCGCUUGGGAGUUUGAUCAGUAAUCAUGUAUCCUGCCAAGUUGGCAUCAUGUUAGGAGGGCUGCUUGCAUCUACUGGACUAAUUUUGAGUUCAUUUGCCACCAGCCUGGAACAUCUCUACUUAUCAUUAGGAGUACUUACAGGUCUUGGGUUUGCACUCUGUUAUUCUCCAGCCAUUGCAAUGGUGGGCAAAUAUUUCAACAAAAGAAAAGCGCUGGCAUAUGGAAUAGCCAUGUCAGGAAGUGGAAUCGGUACCUUCAUCCUGGCUCCUGUGGUCCAGCUCUUAAUUGAGCAGUUUUCCUGGCGUGGAGCUUUACUCAUCCUGGGAGGUUUUGUUUUAAACCUCUGUGUCUGUGGUGCCUUGAUGCGGCCCAUUGCUCUUAAGGAAGACCGUAAAACUGCUCCUGAGUUUCUUGAACAGGAUUAUGUUCCCAAAGCACAGAAACGAGACUUAAAGCGAACAUCCAUUUGUUCACCCUUAAUCAAAGUGUGGUCUCAUGAAUGUUUAUGCUACUGUUCAUGGAAGGAAUAUAACUUUUUGCUGAUGCCAGGCUUCAUGAUGCUGGCAGUGUCGGUUUUAUUUAUGGCAUAUGGCUGUAGCCCUCUUUUUGUCUACCUAGUGCCUUAUGCUUUGAGCGUUGGAGUGAGUCACCACCAGGCUGCCUUCCUCAUGUCCAUACUUGGUGUCAUAGACAUCAUUGGGAAUAUCACCUUUGGAUGGCUAACAGACAGAAGGUGUCUGAAGAAGCAUCGUCACUUUUGCUACCUCUUUGCUGUGGGAAUGGAUGGCCUCUGUUGCCUUUUCCUACCAGUUCUCCAAAAUUUCCCCUUGCUUGUGCCUUUCUCAUUUACCUUUGGUUACUUUGAUGGAGCCUAUGUAACACUGAUCCCUGUCAUAACAGCAGAUGUAGUAGGAACUUCUUCUUUAUCAUCAGCACUGGGUGUCGUGUAUUUUCUGCAUGCCAUACCAUAUCUAGUGAGCCCGCCUGUUGCAGGUUGGCUUGUAGACACAACUGGCAGUUAUACUGCAUCCUUCCUCUUGUGUGGAUUUUCUAUGAUAUUUAGUUCGACGUUAUUGUGCUUUGCAAAUCUAGCGAAGAAAAUCAAAAGAACUCAUUUGCUGUCACUCACCAAUGACAUGGGCACGAAACAGCACAUCUGGACUAAUGGAGCAAUAGCUUAUUCUGUCACAGCAGAAUUAGACCAAAAAGAUGUUCGAUUUUUGGCUGUGGAUAUAAACAGCUACAGCAACAGAUGACAAGUGCAUCAAGAUUCUGCAGAGCCAUGACUGAGAUAGAGGUGGCUCUAUAGUGUUACACUGCUGAAGAUACUACUCCUGUGAAAUAAGGCAUCUCUUAAUUAGAUUUUUCUGGCAUGUUUUAGUUGGCUAAAGUCUACAUACAGCAUUAGUAAUACAAGUAAAUGCAGUAAUAGAAGAAAGCUAGACUGAAAAUAGAGUUUGUAGAUACAAAUGUUCACAGAUUUGUUUGAAAUGCAGUAUGGCGACUCCACAGGUAAUCUAAUCUAGAAGAUGAGAACUGGCUAUAAUAAAAAACCCCUAUAAUCGGUCACGAAAACUGAACAAUAAAAUUUGAAGUAUUUAAAAAAUAGUAUUAAUGAAAUAAACUUUUUGGUGUUCUGGUCUAUUAUGUUUCAAUGGACUACUCACGCACACCACCAAAAACCUUCCUCAUGUAUCAUUCUGCAUUAAACUCUUUGCAAAUAACUGUGUCAAAUGCCAAAGCCAUUUGUUUUAGUUUGGGGUGGCUUGGUUUUUUUGUUUGUUUAGCUUUUUUUGUUGUUUUUUGUUUAGAUCUGGCAGGAAUCUGUGAUUUAUGUUGAAAGUGUCCCUGGAGCAGCUUUACUUUUUAUGGUGUGCCUCAAUUUUGUACAUACAUUGCAAUUUCAUGUCAGAAACAGUUUUAGACAGACUUUCCCAAGCCCCCUACAGCAAAAUUUUGAGGUGGUUGCUGGUUUGUUUGGUUUUUUUUCCUGGAUAUCUUUAAAGCUUGAAUUUCUACACAUUGACAUUCCAGGUAGGAUCCUCCGGUUGAUCCUUUUCUGGGAGAGUGAAAGAGGUGCCGUGGCCAGUCUGCUGUCUGAAGAGCAGUAAAUUUGUGCCAGGGGACUGGGUUUGAUGAUAGACAAACCUGCUUUAUCUGCAUGAGUGGAAGAAGCCCAAAGGCAGCUCAGGAGACUAGAGCAGAGUUUCCUCUAGUCUCUAUUGUUUUUCCAAACACAGAGCAUCUUCCUCCUAUGAAAUCAGCAGCUGUUGAUGAGUCUGUGCAAGCAGAUGACUGUGAGACUGCCCACUCCAGAGACCAUUACUAAAAAGGAUGUUAGCAAAGUUGUUUCUGCAUACUGCAGUGGCAAGUCUGCCUCUUUUCAGGCCCAGAAGCUGUAGCCUCAGUUAGAGCAAAUUACUUGUUUGUGCCAUCUGAAGAGCUGAUCAGGGCACUUGUCCUAAAUGACCAGAACACCACAGCUGUGAUCUGCACAGGUUUUCUUCUACUUGUGUGGGGAAUAUACUAUAGCUGGCUGCUACAGACUGAAUGUAGUUCACGGGGUAAAUUACUGACGAUGUCAUAUGUAAUGGGAUGUUUCUAUGUUUCCAGAGUGAAAAUGUUGACAGCAAUGGAGGAACUUCACAUUCUGCAAUGUGAAUCAUUUCUGUGCUUUGAUGCUGUAUACAACUGUAUUCUGUUGAUUAGCAAAUUGAUCAGAGUCCAAAUAAUUUUCACCAGUACUGAACUAGUAGUUUUGUAAUUGUCUGUAGUGUAUUCAAUGGUUGCUUGUCAUGUCCUGUUCUACUUUGUGCCACAUAAGGGAAAAUUACAUAGACUAAUGUUCACCAAUUUGAUCUAGAUCAAGAGUAUAGCCGUAGGAGUAUAAUAUAUUUAUAUAUAUAUGAAUAGUAUGUGUGGCAAGUAGUUUUAUUAUUCAUGCAUAUCUCAAAUAUAACAUACUAAAAUUGUCUGUCUUCAGCUGUCUGUGCUUAAAUGAGGUAUUUCCUGCUGCCCUGCUUCAGAAGUGUGGUUGGAGCCCGUAGCAUGAUCUACAUGCACAGACCACAGAAUAAGAGAUGGAUGGGAGUUCAAAGACUGCUCAAAACUAAUGACAUAAUCUUUUUCAGCUCUGCCUGAGCCCUAAGCUUGGUUUUAACAUAUGUUCAUAAAAAAAGGAGAAAAAUUAUCCAUGAGUGUUUCUUAAUGAGUUAGGAAAACUACGCACAUUUGGAAAAAGACAAAGUGGGUUUAUUAUUUAGAAGUGAUGAAGAUGUUGGUUUAGAUCUUAAUGCAAAGUUUUAAUAUAAAAAUGUAGGGAAGAGUGUGGUCUACACAGAAAAUAAGCAAUUUUCCACAAGUUGUAAAUUACCAUUGUCAUUUACUUCACAAAAAUUUAAUUACUUUGUUUACCACAUUGCAACACGUCAGCAGUUGUUCACACCAGAAAUGCAUAUUGUAAAAGCCUGUUGUAAUAAUAGUAUAUGCAUUUUUAUCCUAUUAAACAACACUGUGUAAUACGGUAUUACAUUUUUAAAGUAAUUUUUUUUUAUUUCAAGUUAUUCUUUUCACAGUCUUUUUUUCAUUUAUGUGUUUGCAGCAGUAUUUCUUGUUUUAAAUAUCUAAUUCAGCAGAAAAUGUUCAACUGGUUUUAUGCACAGACCUUUUGUAGAAAAUGGUAGAAUUAUUUAAGUGUUUUCUAACACUGUAUCUGCUUUGACUUCAGCCAAUGGCUAAAAACUUACCUACCAGAAUGUGCAUAAAACACACUGUGAAAUAUCAGAUAUGAAUCUCCCCAGUAAGAAGCAGAAGGAAGGAAGCAUAAACUGCGAGUGGAAGAAUUAGGAAUAUAGUCAAGGUUUGAGAAGCCUCAUGCCAAACUUCUACCCCCUGGUCCACGCGAUGCAAACUGUCAGGCUGUCCUCCAUGGAGAUAUUUCCUGGCAUGGCACUGUGCAGCAGUAAGCAGAGAUACCUGGGCUAGCUGUGAACAAUUUGCCAGGCUAACACUGCAUGUGCUCACCAGCCCUACUGAACACUGACGGCUACGAGCUUGGAUGGAGCACUGCACAACUGACCCUGUCUGCCUUCCAGGGAAACCAUGGUCAGACUUGGCUGGGGUAACAUAUGCCUGAGACAGAAACAGAAUGAUCCUACCUCAGAUGAAUCCUGCCUGGAAUAACACUCUAUUCUGUACAAUGAAUGGGAAUUCUGCAUAAGUGAAACUGCUUACAAUUGCUGAAAUUAUCCCAUCUGUUUCCAUUCCAUGAGGUUUGAAAUGUGGAAAUCAUCAUUCCUUUGAAUUUGCUUAUGUUCUAAUGGCAACUUUUAUCAAAUCCACUUUGGAACAUUUAAUAAAUUGUACCUUGUGUGAAAACA